AAACACUUGGCUCGGAGCAAUGAUUAUCAAUCAAUUUAAAAUGCGCAUCAAUGAGAUUAAUAUCAGUUAUUUAUUGUUAAUUGCUUCAAUUAGCAACGCGCUAAGUGCAUCUCUCGCUAGAAGAGAAGCAACGAUAAUCUUUCCUGAUGACUGGGAAAGUAUUAAAUCAGGAAGCGAUGUGGCAAUACAGGAAUCUAGCUCAAGGCUUGCCAAUUUAGGUGACUUGAAAGUUGCUCCCGUUGUUCCUGUUGAUGAGCCUGAAAUGACAGAAAAUGAUGCAAUGGAAUUUCUAGAAGAACUUGGUUUCAAUUCAACCGUGGAUAAUAGCAACGGCAUCGGACUUAGGUUCUCCGACGUCCCAAGCAGCGGAAUUCUACGCUAUCAGCAGCAGUUUGGGCUCAAUGAGACGGGUGAGCUUGACCGAGAAACAAAAAUUUCACUGAAAAGCCCCAAAUGUGGUGUAAGUAAUGUGGCUGCGCAUGGUGAGGAUUUCAAAUGGGGCUCGCCGUCCCUCACUUACUAUGUGAAAAACACCCCCUCGGGAAUUGCCACGGCCACCGUGAAAGAGAUGCUGCGGAACGCGUUUAACCAGUGGAGUAAGGUGACUACUCUUGACUUCGUAGAAUCCAAUGAUCCAGAAGCAGAUAUUGAAAUUGUGUUCGGGGUUCGAACGCACGAUAGUAGAUCCAAGAAAUGCAGGAACGUUCUGGGAGACACGACGCUGGCUCACUCGUUCUACCCGGAAACCGGAGCAAUCCAUUUCAAUACGAAAUUCUUUCCCGGUUCCAUGAACAAGGACGAGUUUUUCACUACUGCUAUGCAUGAAAUUGGUCACGCCAUCGGGCUGGAGCAUUCCGUGUCCAAGGCAUCGCUUAUGUAUCCCAUCCCAGUAGCACGAUUCUCGGAAAUACCGGAACCAGACGUUGAGAAAAUUCAGCUGAAGUAUGGGAAACGCUUGCAGAAGGAACCGAUUCAGACGCCUACGUUCUGUGAUUUAACUCAGUAUGAUGCCGUGAUGUAUGGUUCACGCGGAAAACUGCACAUAUUUGCCGGGAAGUACUGCUACACCAAAUUUAAUUCGAAUGAUGAACCUUUGUUACUCAGAGAGAUGUGGCCAGGAGCCCCCGAUAUGCUCGAUGCUGCCGUCACUAUCGGCGCACAAACGUUUAUCUUCAAGGGUGAUCAGGUGUGGGCCUUCAAGAACGGCAAACUACAGAUCGGCUAUCCGCGUAGAAUCCGGGACACGUUUCCUGGUUUACCCAGAAAUCUGGACGCCGUGGCAUUCGACCAGAAAAAGUAUGUUUAUGCAUUCAAGAACGAUCACUAUUGGAGGUAUAACACACGCGAAAAGACUGUCGAUCUCUCUGACGAGGUGGAAGAUUUUGGAAUUUCAAGUAGAAUCGAUGCGGCACUUUUCAGCAAUGGUAAACUCUUUCUAUUUAAGGAUCAGAUGCGUCAUGUGUAUAGCUUUGACACUCGCAAAACCGAAAGAUACGAUUCGCCAUUAUUUGAUUGUAAAAUUAAGUAAACUAUCUGUAGAAGUUCUGAAAGAAAAGUUAGGCUCGUUCCAAACAUUAAUCUUCAGGCUUAAUUUCGUUUUUUCAAUGACAUUUACAAAAUCGUUGUUAUGGUGAAGAAAUGCUAAUAAAUCAAUUGAUCCUAUAA